UUGCUUGGAUCUCAGCAGAGAUGCCUGGAGCCACUCCGGUCAUGACGGGAGCUCUUCAUCACGUCGCUCGGCGGAUAUUUACCCAGAGCGGAAUAUUCCUUUACUCUUUGUAUUAUUAGUUAUCGUUUUUUUUUGUUUUUUUUUAAGCGCCGAGUUGGACCAUACAAACAGGUGUGAUGCUUGGCACCUGUUUAAUGUCUUUUAUGUGUUUGCGCUCCACAGUGAGCUAGACUAAUUUUGGACAUUUUUACUCUUGUUGCGGGACUUUUUUGUUAUUAUUAUUAUUUUUAAAUCUCGUUAGUUGUUGCUGCCCGUGUUGUCGUUCGAGACCUGCCGUACCAACCAGGUUUUAAGGGCGUAUUUUUUUUCUCUCUCGCUUUUGCCAAGUGUCCGAGGAAUAUAUAUAUAUAUAUAUAUAUAUAUAUAUGUGUGGAGAAUGAUGCUGCUGCUGCUGCUGGUGUCCACUCUUCGGCUGCUGCCUCUGAGCGGAGCGGCUCCCCCGCAGACCGAGAGGGAGGACACGGGGGUGGACUGGCUGAGCAAGUUUGGUUACCUCCCGCCCCCGGACCCUGUGACUGGCCAGCUUCAGACCAAGGAGGCCCUGACGAAGGCCAUCAAAGCCAUGCAGAAGUUCGGCGGGCUCAAGGAGACCGGUGUCUUCGACCAAGCCACAUUGGGACUAAUGAAAACCCCCAGAUGUUCUCUGCCCGAUGUGCCUGUGGCUGAGGGGACAAUGGGCCGCAGGAAACGCAGCCUGACCACUCAGAACAAAUGGACGAAGAGGCAUCUAUCUUGGAGAGUGAGGACAUUCCCAAAGGACUCGGCUUUACUGGGCAGGGACACCGUUCGAGCCCUCAUGUAUUACGCCUUGAAAGUCUGGAGUGACAUCGCACCUCUCAACUUCCACGAGGUGGCAGGAAACGACGCCGACAUUCAGAUCGACUUCACUAAGGCCGACCACAAUGAUGGAUAUCCCUUUGACGGGCCCGGAGGCACAGUGGCCCAUGCUUUUUUCCCUGGAGAGAGGUUCACCGCUGGGGAUACGCACUUCGACGACGACGAGGCUUGGACCUUCAGAUCACCAGACUCUCACGGGAUGGACCUGUUUGCAGUCGCCGUCCAUGAGUUUGGUCACGCCAUCGGCCUGGUACACACCUCAGCCAUGGAGUCCAUCAUGAGACCGUACUACCAGGGUCCUGUCGGAGACCCACUCAAGUACGACUUACCCUAUGAAGACAAGGUCCGCGUCUGGCAGCUCUAUGGUGUCAGAGACUCUGUGUCCCACACCACUCAACCUGGCAACCCGUCCCAGACAGCAGAACCUCCAGUCCUGCUGGACCUGCCGGAAAACAGAUCGUCUGUCUUGUUGGUGCGAGAUUCCCCAGACAGAUGCGCCGGUCACUUUGAUGCCGUUGCCCAAAUACGAGGGGAGGCCUUCUUUUUUAAAGGAAAGUACUUCUGGCGACUAACACGAGAGAAGAACCUGGUGUCUCUCCGUCCGGCUCACAUCCAUCGAUUCUGGAGAGGCCUUCCCCCCAACGUCGACAGCGUGGACGCCGUGUAUGAGAGGCCCGGCGAUCACAAAAUAGUUUUUUUUAAAGGUAUAAAGUACUGGGUAUUUAAAGACAAUAUUGUGGAGGAGGGUUACCCGCGUCCAAUCAGCGACUUCGGCUUGCCUUUGGAGAGCGUGGAAGCGGCCUUUGUGUGGCUCCACAAUGAGAAGACCUACUUCUUCAAGGACAACCGCUACUGGCGCUACGACGACCACCUGAGGCGCAUGGAUCUGGGCUACCCUAAGGACAGCGCGUUGUGGAAGGGGCUGCCCCCGCACCUGGAUGAUGCCAUGAGGUGGUCUGAUGGUUCAUCAUACUUCUUCAAGGGGAAGGAGUACUGGCGAGUGCCGAGCAGCGACAUGGAGGUGGAGGCGGACUACCCUCGCCUUAUUGCCAAAGACUGGCUGCUGUGCACCGACAUGCAAUCGGACUCGCCGGGCGCGGAGGCCAAGAGCACCGAGAGCCGAGCCAACGCGCACCCUCGCCCGGACCACGCCGAGAACGGCUACGAGGUGUGCUCGUGCACCUCGGACGGCGCUUCGCCUCUAGGGCCCCGGCCCUCGCCGUCUCCCUUGUGGCUGCUGCCGCCCCUCUGGACGCUCUCCCUGGCCCUUGGCCCUCUACCGCUAUGAUGCCAAAACACAAGAAGUACUUAAGACUCACUGGUAGACAUCCAGCUUACACUCAACACGGAACAUUUUCUUUAUAUGAGUACUAAUGGCUAUCCUUUUUGCUCUUGUUUCUCUCUUAUUUAUUUCUCAAGCCAUUUGAUGUUUCUCUAAAAGCCUUGCAUUAUACACGGUGCAUACUGUACAGUUAUCAUACAGGUGGACUUGAAUCCAUUCUUGAUGACAAAGGUCGUCAAUGCUUUAAAACGAGGCUACGCAGAAAUACAGUCUUUGAGCAGCUAAGUAAAGACAUUAGUUAUAUGAAACAAACUCAUAGCAAGGAGGGACAUUUAGAAUGUAGACACCAACUGGUAAAGGAGCAGUUUGACCUUUUACUUUUUAAGACACAUUGUGAGAUUGCUAAAUCCAAUUAAUGAAAGGCUAUUGGGCUGAAGAACGGAAAUUAUAUUUGAGUUUUGGCUUUUAAGCACCCCACCAGUUUCACUUAACAUCACUAAUUAAAGUGUUAUUCUCCUCUAGGUACAACCAAUUCUACAGGGUUCCCACAAAUUCAAAUGUUACGAUAAUGUUCUUAAUAUUCUGAUAGUGGAUGAAAUGUUUUGCUUUUUUAGGCGUGUGCAGGUUUGGUCUGCCAAAAUGUCAUUGUACCCGUACAAUGACAAUAAAGAUAUCUUAUGAGGAACAACACAUCAUACACCCAUGUAUAAAUUAAGUGGGUGUUCAAGAGAGACCAACUAUGCCUGACUACGAGAGAUUACUACUCAUUGUUAAAAAUAAUAUUAUCACGAGAUCAUUAAAUUAACGGUAAAUAGAGUAAUAUUAAUGUGAUCUUGGAAAACAAGGCAAAGAUAAUAAUAUGUAUUACCCUAUAACAUGGUUAACAGGACAGCAAACGGUGUAUACAAAUUAAAGUAUAAAAAUGACAUCACGAUAAUGGGCAUAAUUCACUUAUAUGAUCUUUGUUUUGUUUUUGUUUUUAAGCAUGCAUAUGCUAAUUUGUAUUUGUAAAUGCCCUCCCCUUGCCAUAUAAGAACAUUUAAGGCCCUCAAUUACCCACAUGAGGGCAAUCAAGCCAGAGCCUUGCCAUAAUAGUACACUGAAAGCCCUAAGUUGUCCAUACAAGGACAUUAAAAGCCCCCCCCCCGCCAUAUUAGGACAUGGAAAGUCCUUAGUUGCCUAUAGAAGGACAUUAAACACCCUCCUUGUGCCAUAUGGACCCCCCCCCCCCCAUUGCCCAUAUAAGGACCCGAAAAGGCCUACAUGCCCAUAUAGGCGCUCAAUGUCCUUAUACGUACAUUAAACAGCCUCCACGUGCCUAUACAAGGACAUGGAAAGUCCUUCCCUUUGACCAUAUUAGGGCUAAAUGGCCCUCCCAUUGCCCAUAUAAAGAGAUGCAAUGGCCUAGGUGCCCAUUUAACGUCAUUAAUGGUCCUCCAGUUGCCCAUUCAAGUUAGAUGAAUGCCCUCCCGUUGACCAUAUGAGGACGAAGCUGCACCGUCCUCUGGGCUAAGAAGAAGGAAACGGUGAUGAAUGCCAGAAACCUGUCAGAAAAGUGCAUCAGUCGAAUUGAAUUGCAUUUUUGGUGUUAAUAACAAUUGGAGAAGAGCCCCACACAUCCCAAAAUUCUCCAAAUGUACUUACAGACCACAUUCUGGUGAUGGCCACUGAUUGGGUUGUAGCAGAAGACAUUUCGUUUUAUUCCACAUGACAGGAAAAGCUUCCAGAAAGCGUUUACCCGGGCAUAUGGUGCCAUUCGAGAAUAUAGGUGUUGAUGUUUGGGAGCUUGACAUGUAUCUGACAAGACAAUGCAAACCAAAAGGUAUUGGCGGUGAGAUUGUUAGCUUUACAGGUGUCACCAGGUAGACACACAUCUCACGCUGUGUCAUUGUUCACCUCGCUUGCUAGCGCUCAGAACUUUUUGCUCAUGGAUCAUUUUCAGCAGCGCCACAGACAGAAACAGAAGCUUGGUUGUGUUUUUCUAACCGUAUUGGAUGGAUGGUUCCUCUUUGCAAAGCUUUCUUCCUCUCACUGCUUGACUCUUUUCAAGCCCAUAAACUAGCAACUGGAUUUUUAUUGUAUUUCCUCUCAGUCGAACAGCGAGCCGUAAUAUGAAGGCUGGAAACACUUUGAAUGGUUCCUAUUGGAGUGUAUAUUUCAAGAUGUGUUUUAUAAUGUAAAAUAUUUUUGUAAGAAAAUAAAUCUCACUAUGUUUGGAGGAUUA